CUCAGUGUUCGCUAUCUCCCCGGACACGGCGGACACUCACUCACCCAAGCAGUAGCGGAAGGUGUGCUCCAGGAGCGGCUCCCGGUGGUCGCGGUAGUGUGUGAACACGGACGGUAAGUGACCGAAGACCAGCGACCUCUGGGCCUCCAGGACUCCUACUGAGACUGCUGUCACUCGGCCCCCGAGAUCCCUCCUGGCGAUAAUUCGGUAAAGCCGGUCCUCAGGCGAUAUCACGGCGUCCCAGGAACAGCACUCCGCCAACCUCCAGAUCUCGGUCAGCGGGCAGCCGGUGUCGGGCACUUCCCUCUCUCACACUUCCGGUUUCUCACUCUUUCUCACUUCCGCCAAGUACAAGUUUUCCUUACUACUGCUUCCGACUCCGCCCCCUCCGCUCAGCCUGUGCACUGGUUACUACGGGGGGAGGCGGGGCCUGGAGAAGGGGAGUUUCAGUGUGACGUAGGACGCUACGCACGCGCCUCGCAGCUUGUUUGCAAUGGUGGGGUUUGGUCACGUGACACCCAGGUCACCAGCUCUGGGCCCCAUACAAAUACAAGGGAUAUUCAAUAAAAUGGGGGGGGGGAGGGGAAAUCAAAAAGUAAUUUUCAACCUUUAGGUCAAAACAGCUUAAUCAGAAAAAUUCUCUAAAGGGGUUUACACACUAGAAUUCUAAUGGCCGCAAUAUUAAAUCUUAGAGAAUGAGAAUGGCUGAAAUGGCCAAAUUGUUGCUGUAACUGAGUUUGGUAAUUGGUAAUGUAACUCACUGGCACCAUAACAGCUUCAUCCAUGAUGCCACCAGGGACCUCCGGGAGCUACCGUAGAAACCGGUACCUCAUGGCUACUGGCAGCCCGAUACUAUCAGAAUCACAUCGAUUACACCUUCUAUCUGUACAUCGUGUUAGCAUGAUUGCUAGCAAAAUUUAUCUAUUGAAAGAAAAAAACAAUGAGGUCUUUCUCUCACCUGUCAAUCAACUCUUCGGCAUGACGCUUGUGCUGAAGAAUUGAGUUACAGGGAGAGCAGGAGACACAGGAAGAUGCAUUCUCAGCCUCCCCGUGUAUCUUCUAACCCCUGUUUUGUGUCUCUUAUCCCCUCUUUUGAUUGUUCUACCUGCUUUUGUGUAUCUUAUCCCCCAUUUUUCCUUUUGUUUGUCUUACACUCCCCUUUGUGUGUCUCCAGCCAAUCUGUAUGUCUCUUUCCUCCCAUCCCCUUUUGUGUGUCUUUUAGCCCCAACCAUUUUGUCUCUUUCUCCACUUUCCCAGCCCCUCUGUUUUUCUCUUUUUCCCCUUUCCCCAACCUCUCUGUGUGUCUCUUUCUUCUGCUCCAGUAUCUCUGUGUAUCUCUUUCCCCACAGCCCCGUGUGUGUCUCAUUCCCCUCCAGCCCCUCUACGUGUCUUGUUUCCCACCUUCCCUCUAUGUCUCACUCCGCCAACCCCUCUAUGUGUCUCAUUCCCCCCAGGCAACCUUUGUGUUUCAUUUGCCUCUCUUUGUGUCUCAUUUACCCCCUCCGGCCCCUCUGUGUCUUUUUUUCUACAGCCCCUCUUUGUGUUUCAUUUUCCCUCCAGCCCCUCUUUGUUGCUCAUUUUUCACAGCCCCUCUUUUUUUCUCAUUUCCUACCCAGUCCCUCCAAGUUUCUUAUUUGCUCCCUCAGCCACUCUUUUUGUCUAAUUUCCCCUACCCCUUUUUGUGUCUCAUUUGCCCCACCUUCCUCCCUUUGUGGUCUCUGACCUCCCUCCAUGUAGCGUGACCAAGCGGACAUCGGUGCAGGAUCUUCUGUAUCCUCUAUUCGUCUGACAGGAAGUGCUCCCAGUGAGCUGCUGGUCACCCUGCAAUUGCGACCCCCUGUCAGGUGCUGCCGUAUGGUUGCACUGGUCUGCAUGUAUGCUGGCCCACCGAGAAACUUUCUGGUGGGUCAGUCCGGUCCUGCUUUCAGACGAAAACUGGGACAUUUUUGCAUCCCGAGAAGGGUUCUCGGGAUGCUGGGAUAAAUCGCUGAAAAAUGGGACUAUCCUGGUAAAACCAAGAUGCCUGGUCACCCUGUGAAUAGCAUUGACCACCCUGUACUAAAACACUAGACAAAUGAGUGUAGGGACACAAUAAUACUGAUUUAUUGAACACAAUUAGUAUAUGUAUAUAGUACAUAGUGUUACAUGAAGGUGGGACAAAAAUGUAAAAUAGUGAGUGGACCUUGUGGAAGACUAGAGUGACACAGUGGGAACAUACACACCCCAAGUGCCAGUAUGUCUGGGCUAAGCUGGACAAUUAUUAGGGGGGACAACAAAAGAAAGUAUACACUCAACUACGUGUGGUGUAAAGGACAAAUAUUCCGGUCAUUUAGGGUUAGAGUAACACACUUCAGAAUGUCAAAGUUUACCUGCGAUGUUACUAGCUGAGUUUGGUGCUAGUACCUGUAACUGCAGGGAAAGGUGCACUGGCGAUUGGCCACACUGGGCAGUGUUACUUGGUCAUAGAACCAUAAGAUGGAGAAUUGUAUUAUAUAGGGUUAAUCCAACUGCCAUGUUCACUUCAUUUAUUUGAAGUGGUCAUAGUGGUAGUAGUAUGUAUGUGCAGUAAUCCUGCCUGAAACACUGCACAUACUAAGUAAUUAGCAGUUUUGUGCCGGGUGCUAAUUGAACCCCACUAUGGGUGCCCCUUUGGAGGUGACCACAGGAAAGCUUAAAUUGAAGAGUCUCUUGAAGCAGUUUAUACUGCAAGUAAGUAUUGCAAGUUAGCAUGUAAUACUCCCAUGUUAAAAUUAGUGUAGGACCCACUGAUAUUGGGGUACUGUGAUGUAGUGGUGGGCUUAACACCAUAUGGCGGAACUGAAUUCCCAUAUAUAUUUGCUAAGACAGGUCAUUUUAAGUAGCCUUGUUAAAUGUAAAGCUGUAUUUUUGUUUGUGUGUGCACUUUUCCUUUAACUGUUAUUCGAAACAAAGUUCUGGAUUGCCUAAUAUGAAUUCUGUGCAUAUUUUAUAUCUAUUGUCAGCGCACUGGCGUCAGAUGUAAAAAUCUCUCUUGGAGGCAGAGCGCUUGCAAAGGGAAGAUUGCUUUCCCAUUGACUCACUUCUGAGCAUUCCCACCCGCCUCCCUCCAUUGAAGUAAUGUUUGUUUAAAAAAAAGAAAAAAUCCCUCCCUCAUUGUCCCUCCUCUUCCCUCCUUGCCAGCCCAAAGCAUGCGCAUGCAGUCUGAGUCAGCAAAUCGGUCCAAUCACAAGCUUCUCUAUGAGAAGCCUGUGUUUGGACCUGGUGCAGCUACUCACACGUGAUGGAUGGAUGUGGAAAGCAGCGUUGAGAACUUUUUACUUGCUGUCAGGGGGUUUAGGAUCAUUGCAUUUCUGUUUGGCAAUUUGCUAUCAGGGGUGACCGCGAGCACUCAGCCUUACCCAGAGGUACUAUUACACCAAUUUGAUUUCAUACAAUCUCCUAGAUAUGUGCAGUACUCCUUUACUGUAUUUGUCUAUGAUAUUACUAUCAGUUCACGGUUUAGGGAACCUUUCUCCCUCCAGCCUAUGCUGUCAUUUUUUUCAGCAGCAAUUACAGGCUAAAUUUAGCCGAUUUAACACAGCUGUGCCUUGAAAUUAAUAAACCUAGGAUAGGACCUAAUGUGUCUAUAUACAUAGUAACUACUUCUGCUCCCCAGUGUUUUCUCUUGUAUCCGAUUGUUUUCUGUUUAUAUAAUAAAGUUUUUUAUUUCACUGGAUACAUUUUGAAUAAGCAUAGCUGUGGGAAGCUUGUUUGUUGCCCUACCAAGCCUUUUGAAGGAAAGUGAUUGAAGCAAUACAUACUUUAUUUUCCUUUUUCAAUAUACCAUCGUAGAAUCCCCCCUUAUUUAGGGCGUAUUCAUCAUUUUUUUGCAUUGGACGCAGCUCGUAGGCUAAUGCAGAAAGAUAAAUACUGCACUCACUCCCAUCACUACUGGGCGGCAGCAAUGACUACAGUACACAUCAGCCCCAAUAUAUAGUAAAAUCAAAAGAAAAACAAGUUACCUGCGCUCUCUCCUUAAUCCCUAUGUAUACAAAUGGAGGUCAUUUAGUUACUCCAAUGGCCAUUGGAGGGAAUGCCCGCCUGCCAACGUCAAGGCAGACCCCCCUAAGCGGGUCCUACGCUGACCCUUCACCUUGCUUCUUUGAGCUUCUGGCAAAGAUCUCUAAUGAGACAGAAAGAGGUAUUUUUUAUAUGUGUGAGAAUGACUGCAGCAGCAACAGAAACAGAGGCCUAAAUCGCAACCAUCUCCCAGUCUUGGUCCACAGGAGGUCCUAUGAUUUUGAGUGGUUACAUGUGGGACUGUUGCUGUCCCAGAAAAGGGAAAUCAGCUAAUACUCUUUUACUCAUAAAGGGUUGCCCGUUGCUCUUUGUCUUAUUAUAACCUAUAAUCCCAGUAUACCCUGCUGUGUUUCCAUUGGCUAUGCUUAUCAUUUUAUAUCUUACUCACCUAACAUCCCUAGUAUGUUAUUAUUAUUUUCUCAAACUAUAUGUGCCUACUUUGCAUGUUAUAAAAAAAAACAGUGCAGUAUAUUUUUAGUCAUGUAUCCAUAAGCGUGUACGUUUUGUCUUUGCACUGCAAAAAUAAUGCCUGCAGGGACAUACUAUACACCCCAGUACAAGUACAUUAAGAGGUUAAGUGGUUGUUCUGGUGACAAUUAUGCCCCAAUAGGGCAUUAUACUUGAAUGAGAUUACAAAAAAGGGUUGGAAUAACCCUUUAGAAAGACUGUAAAAACAACAACACACUAUUAAAUCCUUCAGUCCUGCCACAUAAAAUACAGUACUCCUUUGUAAACUACACCAGUUUCACACAAUGUUGCCCCUUUGUUGUCCACAUUGGUUUGUACUCCACAGAAUUAACCCUUAACAGAAUUAACCCUUAAAGUCCCAAUAUCCCAUUGGUGUUUUUUACUGUAUAACUUGGUGAUUGACCUGUUCAGGUCUGGAGUGUUAUUUCUCUCAAGGGUCUUUUUCCAAAUGAGUAAUUCUUUAAAUGUUCCCUCAUUCUAAAGAGGUCAUAGCGAGAGAAGAGAAUAUGGCAUCACAUCUAGUGACUCCAACAGACUCUGUCUAUUAAACUCAUAUUGCAUUUGCUGCAUGAAUAUGACUAUGCACACAGAGAUCUGUCAAUUUCUUGCACAUGAAAAGGAAUGGAAAUAAGCUGUACAAAAAAGAUGGUUUGCAUCUUUCUCAAAAGGGAACAAAUGUUCUCAGUGAGCAGUUCAGAGGUUUUGCUAGGAUGUAUUUAAACUAGGGGGUGGUGGGGGGGGCAAAAGGGUGAUAAAACAUCAAUCCAAUUGUCCCCCAAAACAAGGACAGAAGGUGCCUGUAGCAAGUGUGUUAAAAAAUGAUAAGCUUAGAGUCAUGUCUACAAAUGCUUGCAGUUUAGGGAAAAAGAUCCAUGAACUUGUGGCAAUAAUGGCAACUGAUAGUGUAGAUUUAGUCGCUGUUACUGAGACAUGGUAUAAUGAGAAAAAUGACUGGGACAUAGCAAUACCAGGGUACUCUUUAUAUAGAAAAGAUAGGGAAGGCAAGAAAGGGGGAGGGGUGGCCUUGUAUGUGAAGGAUAACAUAAAAUCUAGCCUAAUAAAAGUUAGUGAGGCAAACAUAGAGUCCGUUUGGGCUACGUUAGAAUUUGGUAAUCACACAGUAACUCGUGUAGGUGUGAUUUAUAGGCCCCCAGGACAAAUUGAAGAGUUAGAUAAUCUACUAGUUGAGGAAAUAGCUAAAAUGACAAUGAAGAGGGAAGUUAUCAUCAUGGGUGACUUUAAUCUUCCUGAUGUGAAUUGGAAAACAAAAAUAGCUACUUGUGCCAGGAGCACACAUAUUCUAAACUCCCUACUGGGAUUGUCUCUUAAAACAAGUUGUUGAGGAGCCAACUCGUAAAGAGGCCAUACUAGAUUUAGUGUUAACAAAUGGAGAUUUGGUAUCAGAUAUUACUGUAGGUGAAAGUUUAGGAUCCAGUGAUCAUCAGUCAGUGUGGUUUAAUAUAAGAACAGUGACUGAGUCACACCACACAAAAACAAAAGUUUUAGACUUUAGAAAAACAGACUUUUCUAAAAUUAGAAUAUGGGUAGAGGAGUCAUUAUCAGACUGGAGCAAUUUAAAUGGAGUCAAAGAGAAAUGGGAUUAUUUAAAAGUUGCACUAUUGAAGGCAACAGAAAAUUGCAUUAGGCUUGUCAGUAAAAGCAAAAAAUUCAAGAAACCACUGUGGUACUCCGCAGAUGUGGCCAAAAUAGUUAAAAACAAAAGGAAGACAAAAUGAUCUAUAAGAUUAGGCAGAAAGAGGCUAAGCGAGUUAUAAGAGCUUCCAAAUCACACACAGAAGAGAAAAUAGCAGUCAGUAAAAAAGGGGGACAAAACAUUUUUUAGAUACAUAAAUGAGAAAAGAAAAGUAAAGCAAGAAUUAGUUAGAAUAAAAACAAAAGAAGGAAGGUAUGUAGAAGAGGAUAAAGGUCUAGCCGACUGCCUCAAUGAAUAUUUUUGUUCUGUAUUUACAGAUGAAAAUGAAGGAAAAGGACCUCAGUUGAGAAAAAGGAUAAAUGAGUCAUUUAUUACACGUGAGUUUACAGAGGAAGAGGUUCUAUUUCAACUGCCAAAAGUAAAGACAAAUAAGUCAAUGGGACCUGAUGGAAUACACCCAAAGCUAUUAAAAGAGCUUAGUGGUGUACUAGCAAAACCAUUAACAGAUUUAUUUAACCAAUCAUUGUUAACGGGAGUAGUCCCAGAAGAUUGGAAGUUAGCGAAUGUUGUGCCCAUUUACAAGAAAGGUAAUAGGGAGGAGUCGGGCAACUAUCGGCCAGUAAGCCUUACUUCAGUAGUGGGGAAAGUGAUGGAAACCAUGUUAAAGGAUAGGAUUGUUGAACAUCUAAAAAACACAUGGAUUUCAAGAUCAGAGACAACAUGGGUUUACUUCAGGGAGAUCAUCCCAAACUAAUCUUAUUGAUUUUUUUGAUUGGGUAACUAAAAUUAUAGAUCAGGGUGGUGCAGUAGACAUUGCUUACCUAGAUUUCAGUAAGGCUUUUGACACUGUUGCACAUAGAAGGUUUAUCAAUAAACUGCAAUAUAUUCAAAGCUUGGACUUGUCACCAGUGGGGUACCUCAGGGAUCUGUACUUGGACCUAUUCUCUUUAAUAUUUUUAUUAGUGAUAUUGCAGAAGGUCUUGAUGGUAAGGUACAGUUGCAAGAAAAAGUAUGUGAACCCUUUGGAAUGAUAUGGGUCUUAAUCGUAGGUCUUCUGAGAGCUCUUUUGUGCGAGGCAUCAUUCACAUCAGGCAAUGCUUCUUGUGAAAAGCAAACCCAGAACUGGUGUGUGUUUUUUAUAGGGCAGGGCAGCUGUAACUAACACCUCCAAUCUCAUCUCAUUAAUUGGACUCCAGUUGGCUGACAUCUCACUCCAAUUAGCUCUUGGAGAUGUCAUUAGUCUAGGGGUUCACAAACUUUUUCCACCUGCACUGUGAAUGUUUACAUGGUGUGUUCAAUUAAAACAUGGCAACAUUUAAUUCUUUGUGUGUUAUUAGUUUAAGCAGACUGUGAUUGUCUAUUGUUGUGACUUAGAUGAUGAUCAGAUCACAUUUUAUGACCAAUUUGUGGAGAAAUCCAUAUCAUUCCAAAGGGUUCACAUACUUUUUCUUGCAACUGUAUGUCUUUUUGCUGAUGAUACUAAGAUAUGUAACAGGGUUGAUGUUCCAGGAGGGAUAAUGAUUUAGGUAAACUAGAAAAAUGGUCAGAAUUGUGGCAACUAACAUUUAAUGUGGAUAAGUGCAAGAUAAUGCAUCUUGGACGUAAAAACCCAAGGGCAGAGUACAGAAUAUUUGAUAGAGUUCUAACCUCAACAUAUGAGGAAAGGGAUUUAGGGGUGAUUAUUUCUGAUGAGUUAAAGGUAGGCAGACAAUGUAAUAGAGCAGCAGGAAAUGCUAGCAGAAUGCUUGGUUGUAUAGGGAGAGGUAUUAGCAGUAGAAAGAGGGAAGUGCUCAUACCAUUAUACAGAACACUGGUGAGACCUCACUUGGAGUAUUGUACACAGUACUGGAGACCGUAUCUUCAGAAGGAUAAUGAUACCUUAGAGAGGGUUCAGAGAAGGGCUACUAAACUGGUUCAUGGAUUGCGGGAUAAAACUUACCAGGAAAGGUUAAAGGAUCUUAGCAUGUAUAGCUUGGAGGAAAGACGAGACAGGGGGGAUAUGAUAGAAACAUUUAAAUAUAUAAAGGGAAUCAACACAGUAAAGGAGGAGACUAUAUUUAAAAAGAAGAAAAACUACCACAACAAGAGGACAUAGUCUUAAAUUAGAGGGACAAAGGUUUAAAAAUAAUGUCAGGAAGUAUUACUUUACUGAGAGGGUAGUGGAUGCAUGGAAUAGCCUUCCAGCUGAAGUGGUAGAGGUUAACACAGUAAAGGAGUUUAAGCAUGUGUGGGAUAGGCACAAGGCUAUCCUAACUAUAAGAUAAGGCUAGGGACUAAUGAAAGUAUUUAGAAAAGUGGGCAGACUAGAUGGGCCGAAUGGUUCUUAUCUGCCAUCACAUUCUAUGUUUCUAUGUUUCUAUAAGCAUGAACUGGAGGGUAAGUGAUACUGCCGGCAGCAUUCAUAGACAAUAUACAGGCCAAUCUUUAUUACCAUUUUACAAGCAUUUACAUACCACCAAAACAUUGCUAAAUCUCACAAAAAAACUAUAACACUCCCCUGGCUCUCUGUUACCCCCUCCCCUCCAGCGGGACCUAGCUAUGUUUCUCCUGGAACUCCAGCUUGGCCACGAGCAUCACCCCUGUCCAGUAAUAUUUCUUUGUGGUUUUGACCCCUUUUCCAAUGUCCUAUGAGAGCUCUUUAGGAGUGGAGUUACAGUUUAUCAAGGGGAACAAUCGCUAACUAUGAGCCAGGGGGAUCCCCCUUUCCUUGACCCACCAGAGACCCCAUUAAAACACCGGCAUAUUACUCUAAACCACGGGUCCUCAAACUCUGGCCCCCCAGAUGUUGCUGAACUACAACUCCCAUGAUUCUUUGAAUUACAUAGAUAGCCAGAGAAUCAUGGGAGUUGUAGUUCAGCAACAUCUGGGUUGCCGGAGUUUGAGCACCCCUGCUCUAAACGCCUGGAACCGUUUUCGGACAGGACUAUCCUAGGGGCCAGUCCAAACUUUACGGCGUGGCGUUUCCCCAAACCUCCACGGAUCAGAGUGGAUCCGUGGGCACUCCAACAAGAGCUAUCAGGGAAUGUAUAACAUGUGGGGAUUCGGGGAUGUUUUAUGUUUGUUUUGUGGUGUUUUCUAUGAUGGGCUCUCUGUAUCCGAGAGUUAAUUAAUUUAACGAGAGUUGACUCGCCAAGGGGGAAACUACUAUGUAGUGAAUGGAGACCCCAUUGUGAAUGGAGAUUGUGCUGAAUAAAACCAGUUAUUCUUCCCAGCAUUAUUUAUUUAUUUAUAAAAUAUUUUACCAGGAUGGAUACAUUGAGAUAUCUCUCGUUUUCAAGUAUGAUCCACAAAACAUUGCAUUGUUACAAUAGAAUACAAUUUUACAAAAGAUACUAUAUAUAUAUAUAUAUAUAUAUAUAUAUAUAUAUAUAUAUAUAUAUAUAUAUAUAUACACACACACACACACACACACACAUAUAAAUUUAAAACAUAACAGAUGAUAAAUAUAUUCAACCAUGACAGGUGCAUUCUGUGCUGAGGUAUAUUGCCAUAGAUCUCUUAAAAGAUUUUAGAUUGAAUGAAGAUUUGACUGUGUCCCUGAGGUUAUUCCAUAAUUGUGGUGUUUUGUAGGAAAAUGAUGAUGGAGCCACUUUAUUUUUGUAUUGCUGCAUGCUUAAUAUGGUAAUGGAUCGGAGGUUAUAGGAGGUGGGAACAGCUGGGGAGAGCAUUCUACUCAGGUAGGGUGGGAGCUUCCCAGAAAAACUCUUAUGCACAAGGCUGGAAAGAUGAAGAGUGUGUCGGGAUUCUAGCAAUAGCCAGUUUAGCUCUUUUAACAUGUCACAAUGGUGGGUAAAGUAAUUACAUUCUAGUACAAAGUGGCAGAAUGAAUUAUAUAACGUAUUGGGUUUAUUAAGGUAAGUUUGUGAUGUAGGUGCAUACACCACAUCCCCAUAAUCAAUGACCAGCAUUAGCAUUUGUUGCACUAUCUGUUUCCUUACUGUAGGGCUUAGGCAGGGUUUGUUUCUGUACAGGGCACCUAGUUUUGAGUAAAGUUUUGAAGAGAUUUUUUCAAUGUGAAGGCCAAAGGAUAGAUUGGGGUCUAUUAACAUACCUAGAUAUUUGAAAGAACAGACUGUUGUCAGUGUGCUAUUUGAAUUUGUUCUGAUAGAUAGUUGUUGAUUUUGUAAUUUAGGUACACUUCCAAAGAUCGUUGUAACUGUUUUGUCAAUGUUUAGGAAGAGUUUGGCUAUCCACCUUUCUACCUCUGUGAAUUGGUUUUGGAGCACAGCCUCAUGCUGCAGUAGAUUGGGUUUACUAGCGUACAUUACAGUGUCAUCUGCAUACAUGUGUACAGUUGAGGAUUUGCAGACAUCACGCAGAUAAUUUAUAAAUAAUGUCAAUAGCAGGGGUCCGAGUAUGGAGCCUUGGGGAACACCACACGUGACUGGAAGAGGGAGGCGCUAUCAGAAAUGGCCACAUAUUGCAAUCGGUCUGAAACAUACGAUUGAAGCCAGGUUAGCGGACGAUCACCAAUGCUUGAGUUUUUACGUUUUUGCAAACGAAUGCCAUGGUCUACUGUAUCAAAGGCCUUGGCAGAAUCAAUGAAAAUAGCUCCAGUUAAGUCUCCUUGUUCCAUGCCAAUUUGGAUGUCAUUGCAAACUUUUAAGAGGGCAAUCGAAGUUGAGUGAUUUGGCCAAAAGCCUGAUUGAUCAGAGGUCAAAUAAUUAUGUUUUAUCUGAUGUCUGGGGAAAGGGUCUGUAAUCAUUGAAGGGCUCUUCUUCUAGCUGAGAGAGCAUUAUAGUUACAUAGUUACAUAGUUACAUAGCUGAAAAGAGACUUGCGUCCAUCAAGUUCAGCCUACCUCACAUUUGUUUUUUGCUGUUGAUCCAAAAGAAGGCAAAAAAAAACAGUUUGAAGCACAAUUUUGCAACAAACUAGGAAAAAAAUUCCUUCUUGACCCCAGAAUGGCAGUCAGAUUUAUCCUUGGAUCAAGCAGUUAUUACCCUACAUUGAAGAUUAUAUCCUUGAAUAUUCUGUUCUUGCAAGUAUGCAUCUAGUAGCCGUUUGAACAUCUGUAUGGACUCUGAUAAAACCACUUCCUCAGGCAGAGAAUUCCACAUCCUGAUUGUUCUUACAGUAAAAAAACCUUUCCUUUGCCUUAGACGAAAGGUAUCCAUUCGGGACACAGAGACUCCACUACAACUUGGGUUUAGAGGGACUUCCUGGGUUUAGUUCUGCAAAGAUUUCAGGACAAACACUCUGCAUGGAGACAGUGGAUGCUCACCAUAGGGAUGCAUUGAUUCAAUGCAUUUCUAUGAGGAGAGACAGAUUCUUAUAUCACAGCAAUAGUUUCCAAUUGACUCCCUGUCGGGAGGCAGAUUGGCCAAGAUUAUCAAAAUUGUUAAUCUCAGCCAGGGGAGCUGAGAACAGCAAAAGGUGAAAGGUAAGAAAAUAUUUUUUUAUUCCAUGGGUGGUAGGUGAAAUAGUUAAUUGGACAGCAUAGUGUCAGAAAUACAUGUUUGUAUUCUGAACGCUAUAGUGUUCCUUUAAGUGGAAUAUUAGUUUUACAAUGCUGCCUCCAUUUUGCCUAAUUUUGCUAGAAGGAAAAGUUGCUUGCUUCCAUGUCUAGAGUGUCCUCUGGCAGAGAGAGCUUUCACAGCACCCUCUCAAUUCUUCACAGCACAGUCAGUAAGAGUGGCAAGAAGCUGUGAUGCCAUAUCACAUUCAUUACCACAAUGAACCAGGAUGCUUCACAGGACUGCUAAGUAGCUGUGAAACAUUUAUUUGAUGCCAUAGUAAGUAUUACAGUGUUUGAAUUAAAGCAAGCAAACAGCAUUGUUUACCAUCCUCCUUUGAAUUAAUAUUUGCUUUAAAAAAACAAAACCUCACCAAGACUUACGAGAUCAAUCUGUGAGCAAAGGAAUUUUCUAGGGAAUUUAAAGCAGCUCUGCCACCCUUACUUCAAUCCGUCCCUCUUCUCUUCCUUACUCCUACUAUGUUCUUCUUUUUCAAACUAUUCCUCCUAAAAUAAAUAAGGCAAAGUAGGGACCAAAAACAGGACAAAAAGCAGAGCUACUUUUGUCAAGAUUCAUCCCCGCUAGCAACUGCAAUAAGACAUUGUUGCGCUCAUCACUAGGUAAUAUCUAUGGAGGCUCCCGCGGUCUCACUGGAUCCUCCAUAGACCUCAAUGUUGCACUCUCCCACAUGCACGAGAGUACAGCAUUGGUGUGGGCUCCUGGCAGAUUACAGAGAGCUGAGAUGGAUCCAAUGGAUGCAGUGGGAGGCGGCCCAAAAGACACAGCUUCAGAUAAGUAAAUCUCAUCUUUUCCUUUUUUUUUAAACUAGAUAAAAUUCCAAAGAUAGUGAAUAAUCAUUUAUGGGCAGCCACUUGUCCAUCAAAAACAUUGGGAUUUAAAAAUUGGGACAGAAACGAGAGACACCAAAUAACUAUUGAGAGGUAUGUAAAUUAAACGUAGUGUAAGCUGGCUAUUAAAACUAUCACUAACUCUUAUAUGCAGCUACUAUGUAUAUAUUAUAUACCUGUGUGAAUACACAUUCAGGUAGGAUAACAUUACAGUGUUAAUUAAACCUUCUAGAAUGUUUGUUGUUUUCAGUUCUUUGCAAUGUAGCUUUGAUCAGUAAGUAUAGCUAUUGUGAACUCCUAUUCCCAUGAUCCAGGACAGUAGAGCUCACACCAUAAACAGUGCCAAAGGUCACACUGUACAUUUCCCAGCCAUCCCACUAGCUGGGUAUUGGACUGUGCGUGACACGGAUUACGUACAGUGAGUGGAACGCUGCCUGGUAAAACGUCAUCACGUACUAGCCGGGCAGAGAUGGCGUCUCUGAAAGCGGCCAAACAGGCGCUUCGGGUUCAAUUGAAACAGCGACUCGCUGCCUUAAGCGAUGUAAACAAGGCGCAGCAAUCCAAGGCUGUGACCCUGAAGGUUUGUGUUCGAUUAGAUGAUACUUAACGGCGAGUUAGUGAUAGUUCUGACGUGUAAUGCGCCCAUUGCAACUGAGGGCCGAGAGGCGUGUGACUCCAUUUUAGAUGUGGGCAGGCGACGCCAUUCAUGUAUUCUGAUCUCACGUUUAUGAGGGAUGACUGCAUGUUAGGGCUUGAUUAGUCUCCAAAUCCAAUAUGGAUUCUAGCUAAUUACAAUGUAUUCAUUGUAUGUUAUCAGCACUGCCCCCAGGUUGGAGCCCAGCCAGUUUAAUGGAACCUUCACAUGUUACAAAUAAAAAGUUAUUUUCAACAUAAGAAAUAGUUACAGGCACAAAUAGCUUAUACUGGGGUAGUAAGGAAACCCGAAAUGUUUCAAGGAGAAGCAAUGCAAAAUGCAGACUUUUCAGCCAAGCUGCCUUUUAUCUGUAUACAAUUUGUGUAUUAAUAAAGAACUGUCUGCCUGAAACAUCUACAUUUUGUUUCUCCUUAGUAGAUAUUCAGCAUCACUAGUGCACUCCAGCAUAACCUAUCUGCUCCUGUGGCCAUUUUACAUUUUUGUUGUUUUCUAUAAUAAAAAAAAAGUUUUUUUUAAUUUUUAUUAUAAUAAAUGCUUGUUGUGGUUUACGUGGCACUAUCUAACGCAAGCAUUAUGCCUAGCUUUAUUAUGACAGUUGUUUGGUGUAAAUCCAAUCCGAUUGGGUCGUUCCGGGUGGAUGGUGACAUUAAGCCAAACCAAGUGCAGUGAUGUGCAGUGUGCAGCACUGCUAUUCAGUGUCCCCACCCUCUGCAUGGAUACACUGAAUUUUCCUCAUAGUGGAUAUGUUGAUUACCCAUGACUGCAUUUGAUUUGUGCUGUCUCUGCCCCUGAUCUGCCUUCUUGACAUUUUCAGCCAAUCCAAAGCUUUCCUAUGUGGCUCAGAUGAUGUAGGCCAAGCAGACAGAUUAGGGGCAGAGCCAGCAACAUACUGGAAUAAAGCAAAGAUUUUAUAUAUUUAGGGGCAGAGGGGCUUGAUGCUGGUUUUAACACUACAGGGUCAAGAAAUAGUGUCCCUGACCUUCUAGUGUUCAUUUAAUAAAGGUAUUGGUGGCAGAGUAUUGAGCUGAAGUGGUCUGGGUGACUAUAGUGUCCCUUUAAGCUGUAGUGGUUCUGAUGAUUAUAGUGUCCCUUUAAGAAUUUUAUUUUAUUUUUUUAAACUUUUUUAAGCUGGCUUCUAAAUUCCAAGCCCUGGCAUUAAAGGGACACUAAUGGCAUUCAAACCACUUCAUCUCAAUAAAGUGGUGUCGGUGCAAUGGCUCAGCCGUUUUUAACAUGUUUGUAUUCCUAAUGCUAUAGUGCUCCUUUAAAUCACUUUGUUUAUGCAUCCCCAUUGUACAGCACUACAGAAUCUGAUGGCGCUAUAUAAAUAAUAAAAUAAUAAUAAUAAUUCCUAGCUAUGCCUCCCUUGGCUGAGGCACACAGCCUCCCUGCACACCUCCUGUAAAAAGAGAUCCAUUUUUUAAACAUCCUCUAUUGCUUAAUGUUUGUAAUGUAGAUUUCUUAUCUCCUACUCUGUUACUUGGCUGCUAUAGUCUGAAGAUGCCUCCUGUGUGCGUAAAGUUCAAUUAACAGAGCAGCUGAUAGGAACUUCCAAAGAAAACACACUAUGUUGAUGAAAAAUGAAACCAUUUUUUUCAUGCAGGCUAUGUGGAUCACAGCCAAGGGAGGUGUGGCUACGGCAAUAUAAACAGAAACAAAAUUAGUUAACUCCUAAAUGGCAGUGAACAGAGCACUGAGGGGCCAUGAUUUGCACACCUGAACUGCUACAUUAAUCAACGACUAUAGUCACUGAGACCACUUCAUCUUAAUGAUGUGGCCCUGUAAUUUAGGCUCUGCACUGUAAAACAUUACAGCCUUUUAGAACAACUCUGCAGAAGGUGUAAGUGUUUCACCACGCAUGUAAGGGUCCUCGGAACCAGGUAGGGACCUAGGUAAGAGGUGAACCAUUACUAAACAGAACCAUUACUGUGGAACCAGGCCAGGUUACUCGUAGCAUCAUAACCACUACAGCAAAUGGUUGAGAUGCUUGGAGCAGUUUUUUAAAGGAACACUCCAAUCACCAUAACAACUAUGGUCCACUGUAGCAAUUAUGGUGCCAGGAUUCCCUUUGUACCUUCCCAGAUUAAUGCUUUAAACUGUUUUAGAAUGGUUUGACAACAUACCUGGCUCUUGCCAGACCCCCAGAGCUGCAUCCUUGCUUCUGGAUUUUCCUUACAGGGACUCUGCUGGUUUCAAUGAAGCAAGGAAGCAAGGUUGCACACAUUGUCUAAAUCAUCAGCACUCUUAACCAAUGACCAUGGUCCUGUACUAGACUUGCUUAGCUCAAUGAAAACCUCAAGCUUCCCCUCAAGUAGAAGACUGGAUGAACCCAGGAAUUAUAACUACUAAAGCCUGCUUUAGUGGCUGAAGUGUCAAGCGCAGUUGAAACCAUUUGCUAAUAGUUUGUCACUUAUUUGUAUCCCACUCGGCUCCAGCACUGCUUUCAAUUCAUUGGCUGAGAGUGUCAGUGGGCUAUAGUGGCUUAGGUUGCUUACAUUGGUGACAGUACCCCCUUUAAGAUCAUAUGCGGUUAUGGCCCAAUACAUGCAAUGUUUUUAUUUUAAAAUGGAGGUAAAAAGUUUGCUAUUUUCUGAAACAUAAACUCAUCCUCACAGUCAUUUUCCUUUGAUAGUAAACUAUGGUGUGUUGCUCAGGCAAUGAGAGAUUAGUGUGAGCUGACAGCUGAUGUGGCUUUGCCCCACAGCCAGUCACUGGCCCAUAUAUCUGUAAAGCAUUUAAAUGUCAUGGAGUCAUGUCAGCAGGGCUAUCAGAAUUUUUGGGGCCCCUUACACAGUUCAAGGCCUGUGGACUGUCCACAGGGAACACCCCCUAGUCCAGGGACCACACCCACAAGGAUACAGUGUAUGUUUGUGUGUUAGUAAAGCGGAUGCAGUGUGUGUUUGUGUAAACUGAACAGAACAGUGGGUUUGUGUAUAGAUGCUGAAUGUGUGUGAGUAAAGUGUAUGUAGUGUGGAUGCAAUGUGUGUGUGUUUAAAUCUGUGGGGUUGCAUAGAGGUUGUGGGGGUGAACAGUUGCUUUUAAAUUUAUAAUGAAGGUUUGGGAGGGGGGAUGUUAUUCUUUAUUUUUGAUGUGCAAAUACACCAAGGAUACAGCAGAAUAGUUAUCAGUAUUCCGUCAAAUAACAGAGGGAUAUUGUGCUCCUUCUCCUUUUAACUCUGGCAUCUGCUGUUGUUGGCUUAAUUUUCUCCAGACAGCCGCAAACAGCAUGUCUAGCCAAGCCAGUGUUGGUAUAUGGCAGAUCUGUAAUUGUAGAAGAUGUGGCAUCCACCAUCUUAAAGGGAUACUGUAGUGCCAGGAAUACAAAGCUGCAUUCCUGGCACUACCGAUCCCCCUGCCAUCCCCCUCCCUCACGCCCCCUCCUCCCUGGUAAAUAAAGGGUUAAAAAGCCUUUAUUUUAUUACCUGAUUCCAGCGCCGAUCAGGGUUGAAGCUCCGCUUCCGCCUCAUGACGAUCUCUGCCUAAUGCGCAUGCGCGGCAUAAAGCAGCGCUCGCAUAAGAAUCAAUGCUUUCCUAAGGGAAAAAAUCUGACGCUGGAGGUCCUCAUGCAGAGCGUGAGGACGUCCAGCGUCAAAUAAUGGACCAAAAGUCUGUUACGAUUCCGAAAGCUCCCCAAGUGGCUGUCUGGUAGACAACCACCGAGGGCAGACUUAGUGCUGCAAUAUAAACAUUGCAGUUCUCUGGAAUUGCAAUGUUUAACAUUGCAGCACUAGGUGCAAAAGGGACACUGCAUCCAGACCACUUCAAUAAGCUGAAGUGGUCUGGGUGCCUACAGCCAGGGCCGGAUUAACAUAGGGGCUGAUGGAGCUGCAGCUCCAGGCCCGUGGAAUAGGCCCAUUGAUUUAAAAAAAAAUAUAUAUAUAUAUAUUUUUUUACAAUUUUUUUUUCACACACUACUCUUAGGGAUUCCACCUGGCUUUUAUUUUAUUGGAACAGCCAAUAUUUGAGACUGCCUGGCUGGUUCCAAUUGCAGUGAUACUGGCAAUACAAAUGCUGGUAUUUUUAUCAGUAUAAACAAGAUAUUAGUAUGCAAUACCAGCACUGGCCAGUAGUGUGUGGAGACAGGCAGGGAUAGGAAGUUCCAGCAUAUCCCUCCCUGCCUAUCUAUACUCACUGAUCUGCAGGGGAGCAGCUACGGAGAGUCCAGAAAGCAACUCCCAUCCUGCAGAGGCAGCCUACAGCUCAGUGAAGUGAGGGAUGGGGGAAAGGCUGCAAGGAGACAUGGGGACACUGAGACACUAAGGGACAUUGGGAGACAUUAUGGCCGACACUGGGACACUAAGGGACAUUGGGAGACAUUAUGGCAGACACUGAGACACUAAGGGACAUUGGGAGACAUUAUGGCAGACACUGAGACACAUAUUGUCACUGGGAGACAUUAUGGCAGACACUGAGACACUAAGGCUCCCAGUGCCCCCAGUCUGCCAGUGUCUCACUGUCCCCAAGUCUCCUAGUGCCUCCAUGUCUCUCAUUGCCUCAAGUGUCACAAUGUCUCCAUGCUAGUGUCCCUAGUGUCUGUGGCCCUGGUGUCUCUGUGUCCCCAUAUCUCCCAGUGCCCCCAUAUCUCAAUGUCCCCAUGUCCCCCAGCCAGUGUCUCUAGUGUCUUUGUCCCUGGUGUCUGUGUCCCCAUGUCUUCAAGUGUCCCCUAUUUUCCCAUUGUCUCCAUGUGUCCCAGCCAGAGUCCCCUAGUCUCCCAGUGUCACUGGUGUCUCCGUGUCCCUAGGUCUCCCCGUGUCCCCAGGUCUCCCCGUCUUCCUAGGCACUGAGUCAUGAGGGCACUGGGAGACAUGGAGGCACUGAGAGGAAUCCAUCUAUACAGCAGAAUCAAACUAAGUAGUUUUUUGGUGAUUUUACAGCAUUUUCUCUUAUGUCACUCCUUGUGAUUUACAUCAUGUGAUGUCACCCAUAAAUAUUUAAUUAUGCAAAUUAGUAAGGCCGGUAUGUUUUUCCAAGAAAGGUGGCAACCCUAACUACAUUUCACAUACUCUUACUUAAGUUUGGAAACUUAAGUGGGAUGUAUGGGAACAAAACUUGUGUGGACUGGCUGACAAUGAAUAUAGUUAAAGGGACACUAUAGUCACCAGAACAACUACAGCUUAUUGAAUUUGUUCUGGUGAGUAGAAUCGUUACCGUCAGGCUUUUUUGCUGAGAAAAUGCAGUCUUUACAUUACAUCCUAGUGAUAACUUCACUGGCCACUCCUUAGAUGACUGUUAGAGAUCCUUCCUGGGUCAUGGCGACCAAAAUUGCAUCCAAACAUUCAGUGUCUCCUCCCUCUGCAUGCAGACACUGAAUGUUCCUCAUAGAGAUUCAUUAAUUAAAUUCAUCUAUAGAAGGAGAUGCUGAUUGGCCAGGGCUGUGUUUGAAUCAUGCUGGCUCUGACCCUGAUCUGCCUCUUUGUCAGUCUCAGCCAAUCCUGUGGGGAAGCACUGUGAUUGGAUCAGGCCACCACGUCUGAUGAUGUCAGCAGACUGCUUGUUUUUAUGAGUCUAACAGCAUGCAGAGUUACAGCUUCAGGCUUGAGUAUAGUAAGAUUUUGCUAUAUUUAUGGAGGCAUGAGGGGCCCAGGGGUGCUAGAUGGUGGUGUUAACACUGUAGGGUCAUGAAGUCAUGUUUGUGUUCCUGACCCUAUAGUAAUGCUGACUUUGGUCUCUCUAACACUGUGGCAUGUUCCCUUUCUUCUACACUCACUACAUACAGCUUUUCUUUGUCCCAGACCAUAUACCAGGAGCUUCUGUCUGCCAGUAAGAAGGUAAGGAGACAAGUGGACUAGCGAGUGCUAGGGGACAGUCCUUAGAAAGCGUUGAGAAAGCGCAUCAUUAGAUGCAUUUAUGCGAAGCUCAGGGUGCUGUCUGCAUAGUAUGCCCUUAGUUGGCCAGCUGCAUGAUUGGCAGGCAGCCUGACAUGCAUUCAUGCCAGGCUGGCCUUCUAAUUCUUUGAGCAGAUAUGUCCUCUUUUUGGGCAUGUUCGCCCCUUUUGGCAGGUUACGUGAUUUGUGUCAGUGGCACACCCUUUUACCAUGCCCAUUGACUUCGUUCCUGACUGGACACUGCUGUUAGGGGUUAUGGAUUUACUUGAAAGAUGAAAACAUAAAUUAGAGAGAGAUUAGCCUAGGGUAUGUGUUUUCUUAUAGCUGCUGUUUUCUUUCUCUCCAGCACCAUCUCCAUCAGGUACAUGAUGCUUGGGAGUGUUUUACUGUUUUUGGUCGAUAUGAUUCUGUAAUUAGGCCCGUCAUAAUUGUCAGCACCAGGCCCACUGGGCUCUUAAUCUGGCCCUGCCUACAGCGUCCCUUUAAAACCACUCAGAUGUUGAGAGGGCCUCAGGAAAAAUUGAGUCUAGUGUCUGGAUAACCCUUGAUGGGGUAUAUAUUGCAUAUAUUAGGGUAAAUGAAAGUGAAGAGAUCAUCUGCUUAUCUUGUUUUUUCUUGCAAGCCUGAUAUAGGCCUCAAAAACCUACCUGAGGGGGUCGUCUCGAUUUUUCAUAAAUGUCUCAUGCUUGCAGAUGUAAAGGGUAUCUCAAGUAACUUAGGUGGUUAUAAGUUGUCAAAAGUAUAGUUUUAUCACACGGAUAGGCCCUGCUUCCUAAAUGCAUAAUUAGUUAUUACCACCUAACUGCAUCUUACCUGUGGCAAUAGAGGGGUGACACUACAUUCCCUGGUUUUCCAAUGGUACUAUGCAGGCUCUUAGCAGCUUCCUCACUUCUGUAGUAAAGAGAGAGCCCAGGUGAAUCCAGUUAGUGGCAGGUCCUCUCCUUAUCUCACGAGACACUGCAUGUGUGUUGCUUCAGAGCGUUGACGUGGUAACCUGCAGCAACGCUGUGACAGCCAGGGCACGCUAUAUAUACGCACAUUAGGAGUUUACGGCCGGUGUUCUAUCAAAUUUCCCUACCCUUGUCACUUCUGGUGAGGGAAAUUAGCUGGAUCCUGUGCUGCACAUGCAUGCUAGCACUCCUGCUACUCCUCCACAGCAAGGGGGAAUUUGAUAGAACACCGGGACUCUGUACAGCUGUAUUGGCUGUACCUCCUUGAUGGCGGCCCUGCAUGUUAGCAACUCAGCUCAUUUUGAUCUCAUUGUACACUGACUAAUUCUAGCUGGGAAGAUGUUUUUUGAAAAGCUGCAAAACUUUUUUUCUUUUAUGUGAAUUAAAAUACAGAAGGAAUAGGAGGCCAAACCUUAGUAGAUGCAUUUAAAUUGAGUGGGUGCCUGGAAUGUUUCUGGAAUGUCUCUUUAAUACACAAAUGCACCUUUAUUUAUACUUUAGUUGUCAAUAUAUAUAGCAUGGUGCCUGUAUAGAAUAUUAUUUAUACAGUGUUAGUGUUUAUUUUUGGCUCUUUAAAUAAAAUACUAUGGUUCUUGUCUGAACUACUUUUUCAUUUACGUCAGUAACUACUGCUAUCAAGGUUUUACUUUCUAAAAGUUUAUUACAUUUAAUACACUUCAAUGAUAUUUUUUAUGUGUGUAUGUAUAUAUAUAUAUAUAUAUUAAAAUAUUAUUUUUGGGGGAGAAAAUUUCACUUUUUAUCUGGCUAAGAAAUCAUGUGGAAUCAGACUAUUCUGUUAUCUUACCAAGUGCUGCUGUAUGAUUGUAACUACAGCAGAAGAAAAGUUAGGGUGAGCAACAGCUGUUCAGACAACAGUAGAGCCUGACCUAGAUAAAAAAGCAAAAUGUCAAAAAAAUCAAUAUACAUAAUUUAAAAAAAAUAUUGUUUCUUUAACUCUAAUAAACGUUUAAAAAUGUUAAUUGAAAAUUUGAUUACAGUUGUCCUUUUAAGUGCAGCAUACCUCAUAAUUAUCCCAGAUAUGACUGCACAGUCUGAUUUAGGACCACUUUCGUGGGUUUCUUGAACAAGGGUAUCAUUAUAGUUACUCGUGCUUGUUAAUGCAGUGCAUAUCUGCCCAUAAUAGAGCAUCUCAGCAGCUUCUAUGCACUGGGAGCCCUGAAACUGGCUUGUAGGGAUGUGUGAUGACUUGGACACCCUCCUUUAUGGCUACCUGAGUCUUCAGUAUUGUGACCGGCAGUCCACCUCCUCCGCAACAGAAUUCCAUCUCCCAAUGUUGUAGGUGUGUUUCAACAGGUCACAAAAUCCCCAAAAUACUGGAUCUGUAGCAGCACUUCUUGGUUGAAAUUCACCUUCAUUGGCCAUUUAAAAGUUGGGUGAAAUGUGAUACAUAUAUAUGGAAUAUAAACAUUUUAGAUGCAAAACCGUGGUGUGUCUUCACAUACAGGGAUCUCAUCACACAUCAGUAUGGUUUAAGGAACUUUCUGAAAAAUUGAAUGUAAUGCAGGAAGUGUGACAUUGCUUAUGUUAAGGCCAUGAACAAAAUGAUUCAUGUGUUACGCUGCCAGUGUACUGUGAAACCAUUCUGAAUACACAAUGUAUGAAGACUUUGCAGUUAAUCAUGUGUAACCAUAAAAUCCUCUUUUAGUUACUCUCCCACAGCAACUAUAGAAACGCUCAACGUAUUGCUGUCUUUUUGAAUAUGCCAGAUGAAAUUCAGACUGCAGAAAUCAUAAGUGACAUUUUUCAACAAGGAAAAACAUGUUUUAUUCCACGUUACAAACCACGCAGUAACCACAUGGAUAUGGUGAGGCUUAGAUCCUUGGAGGAGAUCCAACAACUGCCAGUGACAUCAUGGAACAUUCGCCAGCCCGAGGACGGUGAAAGCAGGGAGGAUGCCCUGUUCACUGGUAAGCAAGUCAUAUAAAUUAUGCAGCUAAAUAAAUGUCAUGUUAUAGUUGUCAGGAAUUUAUGCUAACUCAGGCUCCUAACUCCAUUUAUUCUAGGGAUGCAAUUUAUUUAUUUUUGUCUUUUUACAUCUAUGUGCUAAAUCAUUUUACUUACUUUGUAGCCUUGCCAUGCUGGUCUCGCCUCGUUGACUGAGAUCAUCAAUUUACUUUGGGAGGCUAGUGUGAAUGCACUCAAAUUGCCAUGCUGCACCAAUCAAUUGCUCUCUGGGAGCAGUAUUUGAUUGAGAACCAAUUAUAAUUCUGUUCUCACAGGGGAAGGGCUUCUAGUCGCAGUCAGGAAGAUAGCCAAUAGAGGAGUGUUAACCCUGCAACUUUGUAUCUACUAAACCGCCGUGAUUUAAUAUGCAAGGUUAAAACUAAAGGGCCACUGCACCCAGACCACUUUAUUUAGUUAAAGCGGACUGGGUGCAAUUACACAGUGCCCACAUAUACCUUCACAAGACGUUAUGCAAAACCUACAGAAUCGUGAUCCGAAUUCUAAUGAUAGCAGUUACUGUGUUGGUACUAUUAAAGGAACACCACCUUCCCCGCACAAGGGUUAAAAAUCUGGUUUACUUGUAUUUUAUACCAUGCCACACUGUGCCAAUUAAAUAGUGUCUGUUAGACAAUGUGAUUGAAAUUGCCAGGUUUUCUUUGGCUAUUUCAGUGGAAGGGCCUUUAUUAACUGUCAGAGUGACAGCCACUAGAGGCAUUUAACCUCCGUAAUGUAAAUAUUGCCGUACCUGCAGGGUUAAAAAUACAGGGACUUGGCAUCCAGACAGUUUCAUUGAGAUUAAGUGAUCUGGAUGUCUGUUGUGUCCUAGUCGAAAUUCUUCAUUCUGCUGGGCAGGGUUUGAUAGUACUGCCUGGCAGUAUAUAGAAUUCAUGAGCUCCUGAUUUGUUCUGUAAUGACAGUGUUUUGUUUUUGUUUUUUCAGUUUUUUUUUUUUUUUUUUGCAAUCCCAGCAGUGAUUAUUUAUUUGUUUCACUGGCAGCAUACACAUUAUACAAACCUCCAAGCAGUACCAAUAAAUCCUAUCAAAUAGAAUGAAGAAUUAUACAUAAACAACAGCACAAAUGGAUAACCCAACAAGUUUCCUUUUUGUUUAACACGACACAUACUUUUGCACAAUUAUUUUCUUGGGGAAACUGUUUUCUAUUGGUACAUAUUUUUAUUAGUAAAGUUAGCAUAAUUAGUAGUUUUCUUUCGGUGCCUUAUUUCUAAAGCUGCAACUCUAUCAUAACACAUUCAAUAUACAACCUGUUCGUUCUUGCAUUCCUAUUAUUGCAGGGGGGCUGGAUCUUGUGCUGGUACCAGGCUUGGGAUUUGACAAGGAAGGUCAUCGACUCGGACGAGGGAAAGGAUUUUAUGAUACUUUUUUUGAGCGAUACAGCAGACAGCUUGCUGGCAAACCUCACACCAUUGCUCUGGCAUUCCAGGAGCAGCUAUGUGAAUCCAUUCCCGUAACUGAACAUGACAUUGAGAUAGAUGAAAUCCUAUGUGCCGGAGACCAUGAAGACAUGAAAAACUGAAGACUGUCUAAGCUUUUUAAAGGUCGAUUACAGUGUGCCAUGUUAGAGCACUUUGACAAUGGAAAAUAAAUCCUCUCAUCAUCCACAAAACAUGUCUUCAUUUUGCUUCUGCGAGACACCAUUUAUUUGAACAGUGCUUUUACCAGUAAUCAGUAGAAAGUCCAAACAAAUGCGGGUAUUUUGCUCACAUUCAUAACUCUGUGCAUCUAUGAUUUAUGCAUCUGGGACAUUUCUGUUUUGUUUUCAUCUUUGAAGUUUUUCUUUCAAAGCUAAAUGCAAGUUCUAUUAAUGUCCUGUUCCCUCAAGAUCUGCUCCUGUUUUAGAGUUUUAUUCUUUUUCUAAUUUUGCUUAUGUUUUACAAUCUAUUAUUCCAUAGAGGGAGCCAAUUAUCACCAGUACAGAUAGAGAUGAAAGAUAUAUAUUAUACAAGUUUAAUUACUGUAUGUAUUGUAUUGCGAGCAGAUUAUACCAAAAGCGUGUUUAAUUAACCAUCCUUAUUUUUUUUUUCCAGUGUUGCCUUUAACAUUUGUGGAGUGCUAGGCAAGUACAAUUUACAGAGCUAUAGCAUCCACCCACGCUAUCGUUCACACAAACACAAAGUAAUUAGCUACACACACAGAUACAUAACUAGCCACAUCCCCAAACUUAAUAAGCAACAUGCUCACACACUGACACUCAUACACAGAUUCACACUAACACACAGACCAACGCUAAUAUUAACACAUUAUUAAAUAUAUCUCCCAGCUUACCUGCAGCCUCAGGAAAGUGAGGAUAUGGAGAGAAUCUGUUAUCCCUGGGGUCCAGUGUAAUGGGAGCAGGAGAGCUGUGCAUUGACGAGCAUGGAUUUAAUUCCUGCACCUCCUUGACUCUAGCCAUGGGUGUGAGUGUCGAAAUGUCUGUGAGUAAUUAUCCAAGUGGUACAAAACAUGGGAGGAGGCUCUCCUCUUGUGUGGCGGUGGGCUCUCCUAAUUUGCUGCGCCAGGUGCUAAUAUCAACAAUUAAAAUGAACCUGUCCUGACAGAUAUUUGUUGGCAGUUUUCUAGCCAUCUCACUUGACUCCUGUUAUACAAUUAAGUGUUUCUUCUCUUAAUACUUUUAACACUCAUAUUUUAAUUUAUUUUCAUUACCCCCGUCUCCUGCUGAGAGCAUAAAUCAUGUUUUCAGUGGCUGUAACACACGCUGUAAGACACACCUCUCCUACAUACCCCUGUUUGGGAAGCACAAACAUUGAAGAUAUGAAACAAUUAACCCUUUCCCGGAUUUUUCCGUCAAGCUUGUCCUUGCGUUAAGGACCUUUGACGGAAAAUCUCCGUCAUUUAAUAAAGUUAACCCCAGACCGUCGCAAUCGCGGGUUAAUGCUCACCCGGUCUACGGGGGUUAAUGCCCACCCGAUCGCGCUGUCCCUGCAGCAGUGAUCGCUCUGACAGCAUGUGCUGCAGGGACUCACAAUCCACCUCCCUGCUCUUUCGCGUUCGGUGUGAAGUGCAGGGAGACGGAUCAGUGCUGAUCCUCUUCACCCUGUGUAAAAUAAUAAUAAUUAAAGCUAAAUCCCACACCCCCUUUCCACUGCUUUAAUAAAAUUAACCCCUUCCCUGCCAAUUGGUCACUGACUACAGUGAUCAAUUGGCAGGGAAU